CGGUGGCUGUCAGUAGUCAUAAAAACUCUGAUUGAACUGGGGGCGCGUGGUAUCCUCGGUGUUUGUCGUGAGCGUGUGUGUGUGUUUGUACAGAUUGUUCCCAAACAAUUGGCAGUGAUUUUCAUUUACAUUUACUUAACAUUUGCUCUAAAAACACACAAUUGUGUUUUUGUUUUUUUAUUUUAAUAAGCCAAUAACUCUGUUUCAAAAAUAAAUCAACAAUAUGCCUGCCACAAAACCCUAUGAAAGACCAAAGGAUUUCAUUGAUCCUGGAAAACCCUCAAAAUGUCCCUGGAAAUUGGGCACCAAGGAGAAGACUGCACACACUCAGCGAGGAAUUGCCCACCGUCAGAAGAUUACCCCCAACAUUUUGGAGGCCAUUGGUUGUACUCCUUUGGUCAGACUAAACAAUAUUCCCAAAUCAGAGGGUAUUAAAUGUGAAAUGUAUGCUAAAUGUGAAUUCCUUAAUCCUGGUGGUUCGGUCAAGGAUCGCAUUGGCUAUCGCAUGGUACAGGAUGCCGAAGACAAGGGUCUACUUAAACCUGGCUGCACCAUUAUUGAACCCACCUCCGGCAACACUGGCAUUGGUUUAGCCAUGGCCUGUGCCGUUAAGGGUUACAAAUGUCUGAUUGUUAUGCCCGAGAAAAUGUCCAAUGAAAAGGUGUACGCUUUGAGGGCCUUGGGUGCUAAAAUUAUCCGUACCCCCACUGAGGCAGCCUAUGAUUCACCUGAAGGAUUGAUUUGUGUUGCCCAACGUUUGCAGAAGGAAAUUCCCAAUUCCAUUGUUUUGGAUCAGUAUCGUAAUCCGGGUAAUCCACUGGCCCAUUACGAUGGUACUGGUGCCGAAAUCCUUUGGCAAUUGGAUAACAAAGUUGAUAUGAUUGUGUGCAGUGCUGGUACUGCGGGUACGAUUACUGGAAUUGCCCGUAAAAUCAAAGAGGAACUGCCCUCAUGCCAGAUUGUUGGUGUUGAUCCUUUCGGCUCGGUGUUGGCACGCCCUGAGGAGCUGAACAAAUCCGAUGUUCAAUUCUAUGAAGUUGAAGGCAUUGGCUAUGAUUUCAUACCCACCGUUAUGGAUCACUCUGUCAUUGAUGUUUGGACUAAGAUUGGCGAUAAAGAUUGUUUCCCCAUGAGUCGCCGCCUCAAUGCCGAAGAAGGUAUUUUGUGCGGUGGCUCUUCAGGCGGUGCCAUGGCUGCUGCUUUGAAAUUUGCCAAAACCCUAAAGGAAGGACAACGUUGCGUCGUCAUUUUGCCCGAUGGCAUUCGCAACUACAUGACCAAAUUUGUCUCAGACAAUUGGAUGGAGGCUCGUGACUUCAAGGAGGUGGUCAAUGAACAUCAACAUUGGUGGUGGAAUGUACCCGUGAGCGAGUUGAAAUUGAACACUCCAUUGACAGUGAAAUCAGAUGUGAAAUUCUGUGAUGCCAUUGAACUGAUGAAGAAGAAUAAUUUAAAUCAAAUCACCAUGUUGGAUGAAGAUGAUGGCUCCAUUCUGGGCACCGUGGGCCAGGAAACCUUAAUCAAUCAAAUUGUUAGCAUGAACCGCAACACUGACGAAUUGGCCCUGAAGGCCAUUAACAAAAGAGUAAUACGCAUACCUUCCUCAGCAAUUUUGGGCAAAUUGGCUCGUGUCUUGGAAGUUGAUCCCUGUGUUUUGAUCGUGGACAAAGAGGAUGGCAAAGAUGUUCUUAAAGGCCUGGCCACCAAAAUAGACGUGAUGAGUUUCAUUGCUGCCGGUAAACCAGCUCAAAAUGGUGUCAACGGAACUCACUAAAGUUUUUUUUUACAAUAUAUAUAUACAU